AUGAAAGAAAACAAAGAAAAGGGCACAGAAAAAGAAGAAGACGCAUCCGUUCUUUGUUCGCAAAGAUGGAUAUUGGCGUACAUUGGGUUCCUUGACUUUGGCGUUGUCUAUUCUUUACGAGUAAACAUAAGCGUCGCUGUUGUCUGCAUGGUGAAGCCGACAAAUUUAGUGGAUGUUGACCUUAAUAUUACUAAUUUUACGACUGGCAUACCUACAGAUGUUGCAUGCAUUGAGGAAACGAAGGCAGCUUCGCACUCUAGUGAUAGAACAGAGCUUGAAUGGAGUACAGGAACCAAAUCGUCUAUUUUGGCUUCAUUCUUCUACGGAUAUAUCGUGACACAGGUUCCCGGCGGAUGGCUUGCAGACAGGUAUGGUGGAAAAAUGGUAUUAUUUGUGACAAUAUUGUUGUCGUCGGUGUUGACGGUACUAAUGCCAGUAUGUGCUCGAACCAGUGUCUACCUUGUCUACACUAUCAGAGUGCUGCUAGGCCUUCUUACAGCAACUAAUUUUCCAGCAAUGCAUGCAAUGUGGGGCAGAUGGGCACCGAAGAUGGAGCGAAGCAAACUCACCACGUUGUGCUAUGCAGGUACAACACUCGGCAAUGUUUUGACGUUCAGUACAUCCGGUUUACUAUGUGCAUAUGGUUUCGAUAACGGCUGGGGAUCGAUCUUCUACGUCACAGGUGGCCUGGGUAUUUUGUGGUCACUGGCCUGGCUAUAUAUAUCAGCAGACACCCCGACAUCUCACCCUAGAAUUGAGGUAGAGGAAAUUAGAUAUAUAACAAGAAACGUGGAAUAUGAUACUGAAAAACGGACUACUUCAGUUCCAUGGUUAUCUAUGGCGAGGCCCCCGUGUCUUUGGGCGUGUCUCACAGCGCACGUGUGCAAUAAUUGGACAACCUAUACACUCCUAACCAACAUUCCAACAUUCAUGAAAGAGGUUCUCAAAUACGAUAUAAAAGCGAAUGGAGCGUUAUCCGCUGUACCAUACAUUUGUCAGUUUUUCUCUGCAAUAUUUGCUGGCCAGUUUGCAGAUUUCCUUCGGUCACGCCAGAUCCUUUCAACCACAUUAACGCGGAAAUCUUUCCAAACAUUUGCAUUUGCCGGCGCCGGCGGAUGUUUGAUAGCAACGGGGUUCUGUAACUGUGAAUACCGAGCUCUUGCUGUAGUGUUACUGUCUCUAGCCGUAAUGUUCACUGGGUUCAGUAGAGCUGGGUACGGGGUUAAUCACGUAGAUUUCGCUCCGAAAAUCCAAGAUUGGGCGAAAGAUGAAGAUUUUGAAGUGGAAAUACCAGUGGAAUUAUCUAAAGACAGCGAGAAGAGUAAAGCUAGUUUGGAAAAUGAUGAAACACAUAUUAACACUGAAGAAAUUAACUAUGGGUUUGAAGAACAAAAUGACACCACGAAAUUGUAA